AUGACAUCAAGGUAUAGAGUAGAGUACGCUUUAAAGAGCCAUAGAAGAGAUGAGUUCAUUGAAUGGAUAAAAGGUCUCCUUGCCGUUCCAUUUGUAUUGCGGGCCGACGCUGAAAAUUAUGAUAACCAAUUUGACCAUUAUGAUGAUCCGGAAUCUUAUGAAAACUAUGCUAUUUCCCAAGAAGGUCAGAUUGCUCUAGAAUGCCAAAAGGGCUAUCUAUCUGUCCUUAGAGACAUUGAACGGCUAAUUGAGCAUACAAUAUUGAUUGAUAAUGAGAAUGACAAGAGGCAAUUUGGGUCAUCUCCUAUUGUAGAUAGUAGGCUUAGGAAGCUAGUCCCAACUGUAGGCCGAUUCCACACCUAUUUACCACUAUGUGAAGCAUUUUUGAUAGAAGAUAGUAAAAGAUUAAUAUCUCAGAGAAGAUUAGUUUCUCCGUCUUUCAAUGACAUUAGGAUGAUGCUAAACACUGCUCAAAUUUUAUCGCUUCUGACUAUCUUUAAGGACCCCCACAAUGAUCAAAGAUUGAAAUUGAUAACCUUUGAUGGAGAUGUCACUUUGUAUAACGACGGUAGUUCACUAACUGAAGAUUCUCCUGUGAUAAAUAGGUUAUUGAGCUUGUUGAAAAUGGACUUUUUCAUUGGGGUGGUGACCGCUGCUGGAUACCCAGGACAAUCGGGAGCGGAUCGAUACUACGAAAGAUUGAAGGGAUUAAUUGAUAUUAUCAGGAUAACCGAUGAACUUACAGAUGCACAGAAAUGCAACCUCUUAAUCAUGGGCGGUGAAUCAAACUAUUUAUUCCGCUACGAUACCAGUAUACAUAAUUUCAAGUUUUUGGAAGGUGAUGAAUGGUACUUGCCCAUGAUGAAAAAUUGGGAUAAGAAAAGAAUUGAACACAUCAUGGACUCCACGGAGGAUCAUAUGAAACGUCUUCAAUCCAAGUUAAGGUUACAAGAUAAAUCAGACAUUGUUAAAAAGGAGAGAUCUAUUGGUAUAGUGCCCAAGCCUGGCCAUAAAAUUAUCAGAGAGAACUUGGAAGAGUUGGUGUUAUCAUGUUCUAUCAAAGUAAAUUCUAUUCUUUCAAGCUUUCGCACAACAGAUUCGAGCGACGGUAAGGUCAAUGUAGACGAAAUCAAAGUGUGUGCAUUCAAUGGGGGUUCAGACGUAUGGGUUGAUAUCGGAGACAAGAGUUUAGGAGUAGAGUCCUUACAAAGGUAUCUAUGUAGAGAAAUGGACCAUCCGUUUUGUCCGAUAUUGAAGUCAGAAAGCUUGCAUAUUGGGGAUCAAUUUGCCAGUCUUGGCGCCAACGAUUUCAAAGCAAGAUUAAGUGCUUGCACAGUCUGGAUAGCUAGCCCUACAGAGACAGUUUCCAUUUUAGACUAUCUUUUAGAAAAGCUCAGUAACUAG